AUGGAAAGCGAACUAGACGAACUUAACAAUGAAACCUUCGGGGAAGCCGAGAUUGGUGAUUGGGAGUUGGAACAUGAAAAAUUCGUAAUGGAAUAUGAUGCUGAUAAACUCCCUCCCAGUCCCUGUGAAAUUCCAAAGAUAUGGGAAACGGCAGAUCUUUCGGAUUUCUGGUCAGCUGGAGAUCUGGAUGUUUCUCAAUCCUAUGAUUCGGUCUUAAACCUUGAAGAGUCCGUAGAUAAGCUUGUUCGUGAGGAUGAGCUGGAAGACCCUGCCAUUUUGAAUAUUUCGAAGUAUGGUUCGCAUACUCGAACCCAGCAGGUGAUUCCAGUUGCUCCGGUUAUUAAUCCGAGCGAUAUUUGGGGAACGGGAUUGCCUCAAAAUAACCUUCACAAUAUGCAAAACAAUAAUCAUGGUUCCCAUAGAUUGAAUCCACUGUUAGACUUGCUGUCUCAACGGCUGAGUUCAGAUCUUACCGUAUCAAGCAAUCCAAAGGUAGUUCAGAGCCGAACCUUGGAACCACCUGUGGCCAAUACACUUGAUGUUAAUACCCUUUCUGGCCAUCUUGAAUGCUACAAGAAGGGGAUGCAAUCCGAUCUUGUCACUCCAAGUAUUCCCAUACAGCCGCGUCCAUCGCAGCAGCCGCAGCCACUCCUGAGAAUACCGACGCUUCCGCCAGAACAACUCCAAAAACUGCUACUUAGCUCUAAAGGCGUGGUUCCUCCUCAGCGGCAUUUUCUUCCAAACAAUAUGUCCCUCAGCAUGCCUCUGCAGAGGCUCCGGCCGAUGCAGCCUCGAAGUGGCCUCCUCGCGACUCCUCCGGGUCCACCCAUGCCUUAUUUACGCUUUACAUCCCCUCCUCCACCACUCUUAUCAUCUUCAACUCCCCUGACCUCCUCUUGUCACCUUCAGAAGCCCUUUCCAAUAUCACCAAAGGUAUCUUUUCCAUCUCCCAUGCAGCAGCUACAACCACAGCAUCAGUUUUUCCCGCAAUUCUCGCGCCCUUCCCCACUCGAUGCGUCCCGAUUAUCUGACAUCCUCUCCGCUCGCAUCGAGGCAGAACAGCCCGACAAGAUGUCCUUUGAUCCGCGUUUCGGCGCCUGGAUGAGUCCUCAGGAUCAACUCCUCGUUCUCAACUGUCAACUUAGAUCGCUGAACGUCGGUAAUCCUUAUGUGGAGGACUACUACUUCGCAGUGAAGUUUCUGCGCCUAAUAACGAAGGUGCGUGAGGCUAAAUUGGCAGAGACUGGGUUGCCCUCGCGAUUGCCACCGCCCUACGCCAGUAUCCCGGCGCCUGUCACCUCUACGCAGCUGCUUAGUCCCGAUCAUCCACAUCGCAUUGCGCUGCGCUGCCGCUUCAUCAUUACUCUUGUGCGUCGUCGCCGUCCUCUGCCUUCUUCCUCAGCCGGCACCAUCGUUGCUUCUGCUCUUAUGGAGUCAGAGAAUCCUGCGGAGGAGGCAUCGAACAGCCAACUGACGGCUGCAACCGUGGCAUCUCAACCACCACCAACGGUGACGACUGCGCCCACGACUCCAGUGGUGGAGGCGGGCCCCUACUCUACCCAACUGGGACGUCCCACAAAAUCCAAUAUAAAUGCUCAGCGUAUUAUAGCCGACUUGUCAGUUGCCACAGCGCUGGACGAGGAACAGAAGGAACACUUUAAAACUGAGGCGGAGGAGGUGGCAUCGAUGCUAAAGGUGGCGGACAAGACACCGACAAAGAAGGUGCCUGCAGAGGUCUCAUCACGAUCCGCGCACCACCAGGCCGUGGUCGACCAGCGUCGACGUCUGGCUGUUCUCGCUCGCAUUGAGCGUCUCUACGCAACUGUGCUCAGCAUCGAUGAGACGAAUGUCUCACUGGCGCGCAUCUUCGUUCGAAAUGACGAGUCCCGCCACCUAAUGGGACAUCGAUUGAACCUCCUGAAGGUCUUGCACCGCGACCUCUUCAUUAUCAAACAUGCCACCUCUGGGCCACCCAUUGCUGUUAUGAGUAACAACGGUGGCGGUGACUCAGCCUCUGCAAUCUCGGCUACUCGCCAUUUGGCUGUGGAAAUCUUUGAGGUGCCGAAGGGUGUUCGGCUCUUUCCCCUCAUCCUCCGCUUCCUCUUUCCCGAGGAUCGUCAAUUCUGUGUAGCCGAGUUCGUCUCUCAAUUCGCCAAGAUCAGCAGUUCCAUCAAGGCGGGUAUUGACACCUACGCACACUUGCUAUACGCACCAUGCCGUGACGUGAUCUACAAGGGGGCUGAGACCUCGCCCACCUUUAUCUCCUCCUGUCUGCAACUGCCUCUCUCCAACUCCGCCACCGCCUCAUCUUUGGACGCCCUUAUUGAGGGCGAACUGGAGCUCAACGCACUCGCCAUGUUCUCCUCUCGGCUGGGCGUCUCCCUCUUCCUUUGCCUCUUGGAUGCGUGUGCACGCAACUCGCAGAGAGAUGACCCCACUUUAUUCUGCGAGCUCUUCGUGUACGCCUGUCGCAUAGUGGGUGAGCGAGAGCACCAGCGACAACAAGAGGAGCUGCCUACUCCGUUGGAGCGGUUCACGCACUUCGCUCAGCUGGACCCGCACUACUUGAUGCCUUUGCGCCUAGCGGAGGCGUAUGAACGUAAAGCCUUGGCGCGCUGUGGCACCGCCCUCCGUCACCUCGCUAUCCGGCUGCACCCCACCAAUGCCACUACGGUGCCGACCACGCUAUCCCAGUUUACUAGACUUCCACCAGCACCGGCGCCGGCAUUCAUGCGUCCGCAGCCGCAGCUGCAUCCCCCCAGGGACUCAACGCGAGACGCACUGGCGAUCGAGCAGUUGCCCACUCCCGCCAGCUACGUGUAA